UUUGUUAUAAUUCGGUCACUCCUUUGUAAUAUUUAUUUAAAAUAAAUUGGAGUUUUACUUAAAAUAUUUCUCUUUGGGACCAAUAUACAGCAAACGUUAUAAAUGUCUAGUGUAUCUAAGAGAAGAAAGGAAGGCUCUAGAGCCAAGAUCAAGAGCAUGGGCGAUCACAAAGAGUUCCUGAAGCGCAUCACUAAGACCCUGUACUACGGGCAGCUGCCGGCGCUGCCCUGCUUGAGCCUGCCUGUUACUGAGAUAUCGUGCGAGCUGUGGUCGGUGUCGCAGCGCGGGCGCUCGUUGCGGCGCCUGCACGCGGACGCGGCGGCGCGGCUGGCGCGCGGCGCCUGCGUGUCGCCCUGCGCGCUCGUGCUGGCGCUGCUGUACCUCGAGCGCCUGCGCGCCGCCAACCCGCACUACCUCGCCGCCACCCCGCCCGCCGACCUCUUUCUAGUCUCACUGAUGGUAGGAAACAAAUUCUUGCAAGAUGACGGCGAAGAUGACGAGGUGAUAUGUUCGGAAUGGGCGGCCUCCGGCGGCAUCGAUCUCAAAACGUUGAAGAGAUUGGAAGUGGAGUUCCUCAGUGCGAUAGACUGGAACGUGUUCGUCAGCGAAAAGUCGUUCGAAUCGAGAUUGCAAUGGCUCGAGCGCGCGGUCGCCCUGCGGCAGGCGGCGGCGCGCGGAUACUUCACGUACGCCGACCUCGCCGCCGCCUGCGACGCCGCCGUGCUGGCCGCCCUCGCGCGCGCCGCCGCCGCCGCCGCCGCCGCGGAGCGCCGCGCGCCCGAGGCGUGGUGGUCGCCGGCGCUCAGCUGGCUGCACCAGAACUCGCUGGUGGGGCUGGUGCGGCGCUGGCUGGGGCGCGCGGCGCGGCGCGAGUGGACGGCGCGCUCGUGGGGCCCGCAGCCGCACUGCCAGUGGCUGAACCUGAGCCGGCUGGGCGCGCUGGCGGCGGCGGUGUCGGACCGGUAGGGCCGCGCGCCGACCGACGACCUUGGCGACGACCCGGACUCUUUGAAUCUU